AUGUCGCAAAUGGGUCCGUCUGCAACACCUUCAACUUUAACUGAGGGGUUGCCGAUUUCAAGUUUAACCCUGUUAAUACUGCUUCUAAUACCAUGUGUGGUUCUUCUGCUGUUAUUAAACUGCAUGAUAUUGGGCUACAAACUGCUUGUUUUAUACAAGAGAAAGAGGAGGCGGCGUCGGUUGAGCUCCGAAAGCACGCUUUUGCAAUCCACGCUCUCCACGCGACAAAGAGUUACCAAAAUUUCGGGGAUCCCUUCUUUUUCGAACAAAAACGAGAAAAGAAACUUCAUAUCGAUCUCAGAGCCGAUGCUGGCACAGCCAGUGUCUUCAUCCCUUACCUCUUCCAAGGAACGGGCUGCCACCGGUCAGAGGAUCAGGAUCUUGAGGCCAGAUGGAGCCACAGGUGGAGCAAUCGAGUCGCUGGCGGCACCGAGCACCAUACUGGCCACGAUGUCAACGACAGGCUCGACCACAAGAGCCGACUUGCCCCGCAGAUCGCGUUUAUACACAAAGAGCUCAUCUGGCUGGCGAAGAAGUGCACCAGUCUUGCUGCAGUCCAGUGAUUCGGACACGGAUCGUCCUAACACAGUGCCACCGAACUCCCCAGAGUUGAACGCACCACAAUCGGUGGGCACGUCAAACCUGGGGCCCAUGCGUCGGAGCAGUACUAUGGAAUUGCAGGACGAAAUGAAAAAUAUGGGUGUUAACUCUCUUGACACGGUGAAGCUGGAGUAUGAAUAUGCCAGCAGUAUACCACAGGAAAGCUCGUGUUUUGUUGCAUCAGCAAACUCCUCCAUCGUGGGGCCUGGAUUAGACAGCGAUUUCGGAGCCAGCGCAGGUAUUUCUUUGCGGAUCUUGUCUUCUGACAGUGACGGCUUCACCAAUGCAAUUUUGGGAUCCGGCUUGGAGUGGGACUACUAUGACCCAUGCUAUGUGAGGCAAAAUCACGUACCAAAACACAUGCACCACAUGCCUACCGUCACCACCAAACAAUACUGGGUCUGA